GAGAGAGAGAGAGAGAGGGUGAAUGUAUGUGCGCCAGAAAGAGAGAGGAUAAAAAGGUAGCUAAAGAGCUCGAGGGAGACGAUAGAGUGGGAGCAAUAGAGUACUAGAUAAUGGAGGUGCACUCAGAGUGUGUGGAGCCUCCUGUGGCCCCUCAGUGUGACCCUCAGCCUACAGGGAAGAUCAACAAAGCUGCCUUCAAACUCUUUGGGAAGCGGCGCACUGGAUCUGGAAUGGCCAGCUUCUUUUCCUUCAGGAACAAAGGGGCUACAAACAGCGGAAACAACGGGAAUUCUGACAAUGGAAAUUCUUUGAAUGGAAACAGCUCAGGGGCAUCGGCGGAACUUGUGAGGAGCAAAACCCACGAUGGACUAACAAGCUCUAAUAACGACACUGAUGGACAGAGAGGGGAGGGACUUGCAGGCCUGGAGGUGGGGCCGGUGAGGUCUCUGAGCAAAUCGCUAAGUUUCUUCUCUCUUCUCCGACGCGGGAGUUUUAGGUCGAGUGAAAACGGAGGAGCAGGACUUGUCAGAAGAGGAAGGGGCCUGAAAGGGUUUUUCAGCAGCAUGCGAUGGAGACGUAAAGACAAAACAAAUGAGGGCGAUGGAGAAGAGGCGGAAGCAAAGAAGGACAAGGAUGGAGACGCUGCUGAUGCUGAAAAGGUAAAGGACAUUACUCUAACCCUUGAACCACCUCCCCAUAACCACCAAGCAGACUGUGAGGAUGCAGAAGCAGGACCUAACCUCCAAGCACUAGAGACUCCCACCACGAGUGUUACCAUGACACCUCCACACUGUGUUGCCAUGCCAGGGCCAUCUGGUGAGCCAGACUCUCCCUUUCCCUACACGCCCACUGACUCACCACUGCGACCACCCAUCCAAAAAGCCAAAGCCUCAAUUUCCAGUCUCACCCCCUCCCUUGCUACACCCCCUUUGGAUCGCUGCAGCACUGGUGACCCACCAUCAGAGCCCUCUGUGGACCGACUCUGCUCCCUCCUCUUCACUGACGUCACGUCCCUCAAGAGCUUUGAUUCUCUCACAGGCUGUGGUGACAUUAUUGCUGAUGCCGAUGAAGAGGGCCCAGUGGGUAAUGGGGGCAGUGGUACCAGCAGCAGUAGCAGUGGGGGAGGAGGAGGUAGCGUGGGAGUGGGUAUUGGGAGAGUUGUUGGUAUCACCAGUAGCAUCUCCCCAUCUAAACCCCCUUUAUCUUCUCAGAUGUCCCAGCCCAUGUUCUCUGUCUCCCCAAACUCUGCACCUGCCUCCCUCCCUGCCCGGACCAGGGCACGACCUCAACCACAACAGCACCCACCCGGGAGUGGUGUGGUGGCCUACAUGGGUGGAGGGGAAGAAAUGGCAAGUCCAGAAGGAGUGGACGAUGCAGACAUGCAGGGACUCUGGCACAUGUUGCCUUCCACAGGAGACAACUCCCCUGCAUUGCCCCGAUCGCAUCAACCUUCCUCCUCUACCCCUACUUCUACUUAUCCCCCUCGCACCAACCCUGCUAGCAGCUACCUUCCCUCAGCUUCCAGGAGUUCAGAUAGAAAGGUACCACAGGUGAAGGCGCUGGGACUCAGUAAGAUUCCAGUAGUUGGUGGAGCGGGAAGCCGGGCAGCUAAACCCCCUCUCCCUCACGCACAUGGUCGUCACCCUACAUCGCCAGGUGAAAAAGAGCCGCUUAGUGACGAGGGCUACUGGGACACACCGUCAGCAACACCUACAGCAACACCUGACGAAAGUGGGCUGCAGCAUAACCAGAAUAUGGCCCUAUCACGUGACAGUUGCUCUGGAGACCACCUGUAUGACCUCUACAAUGAUCCUGAAGAAGAAGCAGAGGAUCAGGAGGGAGAUGAAGAUCCAAACAGCUCGCCCUCUCCGUCCACUGAACACAAAACCAGCCCCAUCUCCCAAGCAACUCUGCCUUCCUCCUCCUCCUCUUGCUCCUUCCGAUCAAUGAAAGGCAGCGCCAGCCUUCCUCGAGAAUCCAAGAUCCCGGUAAGCACCAAACCAACCACACCCCCUCACUCUGCAAGCCAGUCAGCCCUGUCGUCCGUCCUAGAGGCUGAAUCAACUCCACCAAAGACGCAACCGCCUCCUCCGGCUCGCACCAGAAUCCCAGUAUCCAAGGUGCCAGUUCGUCGUUCUGGAAACAAAUCUGGCGGCACAGCCAGAGGGACUGCCCACAAGAAAUAGCUUCUGUCACAUGGGUGAUUUUCCGCUGGACUGGAGUGCACAUUGCUACACUGCAGCUUACGUAGAGCCAAAUGUUUCCCCAGACAAAGAAAAAUGUUGAGCUGUACAGUCAAUGGCCUAGGAAUUCCUCUCAAAUCUUUAAAUCUCUCAUUCCUUAGGCGUGUUGGCUCACGAACAGCUACAUUAGACUACAAAGCUAUCCUGCAGAAGGUCACACUGCAUCUCAUACUUUUUAAGAUCGAUUAGCGGAUUUCUUUUUUUAAAAUCUAUUUGGACUAACUUUGGCUUCAGCCUUUGUACUUGGAUCUCACUCACACCCGGCUGCUUCACUGGAAGUACAUUCACAGAAUUUUAAUCUCUGGGAUUUACAAAUGUUUAAAUACCAAUGGAAACCUGCAAAACUAUCGCAAUACAUCAACCUGGAGGGAUCCCUUGCACUAAGGCUUCGUUGUCUGUGAACACACGCACAUGCAGAAUCAUACACACACACACAUACACAUUUCUUCUCGCUCUCUGCAUGUAGUGCCACAUAUCAAGGCACAAAGGUCAGGGAACGUCAUCUAAUGCUGAAGGAUCUGACACAUGCGCACUGCUCAACCUUUGGCACUGUAUUUGUAGCUACACUGGAUAACUUUCUUCUCUACGAACACAUGCACAAACACAUUUUUUCUAGCUAGUACUUUGUUCUUCACUGGAUUUCGUACUGUUUUUAUAGACUUUCCCUUUCCGCAAUCAUACUGCACGGAUCCUUAACUGUGACAGCACCAGCUUUCUAACACUCUGCCUUGUCUUCUUUCUGUUACUCUCUGUUAGCAUACUGUAUAGGCUAAUGUGGAUGGAUGACAAGUGCCAGUUUAGAGAACUAGGAUAUUAUACAUAGCAAAAUUUGGGAACUAAUGCUAAAUGAUUGACCUCGCCCCUUCUCCUCCUGGCUAUGAAUAAAACAAAACAAAACAAAACAAAAAACAAUGUAUAGCCUAAUUUCACGAGCCACCACAGCUGCGAGUGAAUGUGAAUGUAGCUUGACAUUGUAAUGGAUAUUUGUGAGGACAUAGUUUUCUGUGUUCUACUAUCCUCUUUGUCCCUCUUUUGUGGGGGCAAGACAAACUGGAUUUGACUCUUUUCUAAGUCCCCUGUGGCUUACAUUGCAAAACGCCGCUUGUUUUAGAAAUAAGAAGGUGUGUUGCAGUCCUAGAAGGCCUUUGUUAGUGAUUCAGUGCAAUCAGUUAAAAGGGAGCAGGUUGGUCCCUUAUAGGGAUUUCCAUAGAAUUUUCAUAGGAUAUGCCAAGUUUAAUGUAAUCAUUCCCACAGAAGCUAUCAGUGACACUUGAGUGUCAUUCUCGUUCUUUAAGCCAUCUCAUCUCAUUUAGAGUCUAAUGAUUGAUCCAUGACACUGCUCCGGGUUCAGAUAUCUAUUCAGCCUCCCUAUGGUGUAGUGUAGGCAACCAUGGAGUAACCUGAUUCCGAGACUGCAGUAGGAACUCUCCUAGCCAAAUAAAAGGGCGCCCUAGAGGUCACCUGGGAAGCAGCAAGUGAUCAUGUCGGUUCACAUUUUCCCUUUCUUUAGCUUUAGACCUUUAGCUUCCUUUAUUCAUUGCUGAUUGAGAAAAAGAUUUGUUUUUUAAGUAAAGUAUUUUUUUGGUUGAUGUUAUUGGUUGGCAAGAUUUUACUUGGAUUCCUUUAACAGUCAGAUUCUGUAGAACUGAAAGAUGACAGGUCAUUAUGCAAUCAAUGUCCACCAGGUUUUGUUUAAAUACAGGACAUCACUCUAUCCAACAUGUCACUGUUUCUUAGCUUCAUCCAGGUAUGACAUGGCAUGAUACAACUGUUGCACUGGGACACACUCUUACUCCUGAGGUCACCAUGUUUCCAUCAUGGGCUCACCAACACCAGACUCAGCUCAAUGUAUUUUUUGCAGGCACACACUUCUCUUUUUUUUCUGGGCCUUUAUGUGAUCAUUUGCUCUGAUGAAAAGCAGAUUUCCCCCCCUCCUUUAUGUUUCUAUCUGUUUAUAUUGUGAAAACCUCAUUACAUUUUUAAUAAAGAAAACUGUAUUUGCGCUGA